AUGUGCACGGUGGUGACGAGUAAAUGGGUUUCCGGUUAUAAGUUGCCACUGACAACUGUCGAUAAUUUAACAGUUUACACGAAAGAAACCUUGCAAAACUUUUAUUCCACUAUAAAAAAUGUCAUCGACACGUCCCAUUCUUCCUUGGAUUCAAAUGUUUUGCUGAUUUUUGACGAUCUAAGUGUACUGAUUUAUUUGGGCUUCCAGAUAAAAGACAUCUUGGAAUUUUGGAAAGCUUGCCGGGUUUUUGUGGAAAAGUAUGAUGGAACAAUAAUUACCUUGAUUCACGCCGAUGAUGAUGAUGUGAUGGAAUCCUCGAGCGGCGAUCGCUUAGAUCUGGAUCAGGAAAUUUUUGUGAAAUCGUUAAUAUAUCAAUCGGAAUUUUUACUAGCCGUACGUGGAUUAGGUACCGGACUCAGCAAAGAUGUUUCGGGUGAGAUAACUAUAGCCCGUGGUCCGGGGAACGUGGAAAAAUGGUUCAGACCUUCUACAUUGCACUAUAAAAUCCUGGACAACAAUGUCCAAUUUUUCGCCAAAGGGUCUUCUCAAAGAAUAUGA